GCUGAUGAACACAUCAUCCACGCAAAAGUUGACGUCGGCAUGCAACCGCGGUCGUUGGCAGAAGAGCUUGGCCCGACAUGGUUCAACGAGGUGAAAGCAUCGACUGCGCGCCAUUCUUCAAAGAGGAAAGUCAAUUUCGACCGAGGCGAGUUCGUCCGUCAAGUCAAAGCCGCCAUCGAGACCACGGGCAAGGUGAAUGACCCCGGAUUUGUCCGUGAAGUGAAGCGACGCCGCGACUUUGCCAUUGACCUCGUCCACACGUACGCGCAUUUUUCGGAGGAGCAGAAGCUACAGUUGCUGCUGGGUCUGGCUGUGGACUUGGGCAGCCAAGACAUGUCGCUAUUAGUCCGUUCACUCCCAUCCAUGUUGCGAGCUCAUCUGGUGUUCCAAGUGUUGGCGGCAGCGCUGGGAUUCAACCCACCCACCGACCUCGAAACAUACAAGCACGUGAAGCGAGGCCUCGUACCUCUUCCAGAGCAAUUCUUCUUGCUUAUCGGAUCCGUGCCAGCCGGGUACUCGUUCGUGCUGCAACUGCGAAGCGACCUAGCGUCCUGCGUCAAGACGUUCCACCGCAUCUUGUCGGACCAAGAGCUUCACGCGCUCUCCUUCCUUGAUAAGCUCAUGCGCGACCUGUUUGCGACGCAGACGGGCGUUCACUUCAAGCGCAUCGAGCUGAAACCAGAGAACAAGGAAGUCCUCCGCGUGAUCGUCCAGAACGAGCGCGUCCAUGCCAUGCGAUCGUACGGCGACCUCGCCCACCGCCUAGCUGGACAUCGUCGCUACGUCUUUGGCGUAUUCCACAGCAACAUUGCCCAUCUCCCCCUUGUCAUUGUCGAAACGUUCUUCACCACAUACAUGCCGACAGUCAUCGACUCGAUCCUCAGCGACGACCCGCCCCCUCAUGCGAGUCCUGGCGCUCUCUCACCACCAUCGCACGUCACAGACGACGGCACCCCACCGACCCACGGCGUAUUCUACUCGAUAUCCAAUAUGCACGUCGGCCUCCGUGGCCUCAACCUGGCGAGCCACCUGCUCUUCCUGACCAUCAACCAUUGCUCCAAAUUGUACCCGUCCAUCCACACCUGGGUGACGCUCUCACCUGUUCCAACGUUUCGACCGUGGAUGCUGCGGCAGCUACAAAUGACCAAGACCUCCCUGUGGUUCACGGCCGCGAUAGAGGUCUCGAUCGAGCAAGAGUUUGGCGUGAAUCGGUUUGCCGCCCCCAAGUGGUUCGUGUCGCAGCUCGAGGCCGCGACCGAAACCCCGGCGUUUACGGCGCUCGCCCGGCGCGUCCUCGUCCGCCUCUGCGCCAUCUACGUGUGCUUUGAACGAGAGCAUAUGACGAAGCGGAUCGUCGACCCUGUCGCGAACUUUCAUCUGCAGAACGGCGCGCACGUCGAAAGCGUCAACUUUAGCGCCGACACGACCGGCCACGGCAUCGCGUCGUCGUAUGGGCUCAUGAUCAACUACAAGUACUCGAUGCAGUACGCGACCGACCAUUCGUCCAUCUCGUACAAGCGCGACUCGACCGUCGCCGUCUCCCCGGCGCUUGUGCCGCUGCUCUGGCACCGAUUUCAUCCGAAUCCAAUCCUGCAAGGUACACUGGCCGCUGUCGUUGUUGGUCGUGACCGACGUGCGAUAGCCAUCCAAGACCUGCAGGACAAGCACGAUAUCCACGUGCUGGCCACUCAAUACGCCAAAGGCACAACCAUCCUGCGGCGCGGACAGCUCCCCGACGCCGUUUACUUUCUCUGUCUCGGCCAAGUGCAUGUCGACUCCAUUCCGGCGACGUCCCUCGCGCAAGGCCAGUCCUUUGGCGACGUCGAGGUCGUCCAUGGCGAGCCCGUGCGCUUCAGCAUCGUCGCGCAAUCGUUGUGCCAUGUCUUGUUCGUCCGGUACAAGGACAUGGUCACGUUGCUCGACUUGGUGCCGUCGCUACGAGCGCGGCACGACUUGUCGGCGCAAGUUUCGCGCUUGUAACGAUGGUGUGUCCAGAGCCUUGUACAUUGUUUCUUGUUUGUCCUAUUACCUAACCACAUACGCGGAGGAGUCGCGGGCACACCAUGGAUGGUGGAGCUUGCCACGACUCGUGCUACCUAAUACAUCAUCAUCUACCCA